GGUAGCAGUGAGAGAUGGGACUGGUAGUGGAGCAGCAGUGCCUGAGCACCUCCAGGAUGUGGUUGCUGCUCCUGUUUGUCUUUUUGCUGCCCUCAGCCUUUUGUGCUGAAGGCCUGGAGGAUCAGGAUCUCUUGGAGAGUGUGUCCUGCCAUGGGGAUGGCAUGGAAGUGGAGUUUUCCAGAGAGCUUGGCAACUCCUCCUGGCACGUGUGUGUUGUUGAUCCGAGUGGUGAGGAGCUCGUGUCCUGUAACCACACCGUGGAUCAUGAGAGGCUGCUGCUCACUGCCCUGUUUGCCAACUGUACUGUCCUGGAGGAUGGUCAGUACCAGCUCAGACUGAGGCUGAUGGUGAAUGACACAGUAGGAGAGGAGAGGAAUGUAACCUACAGCGCUCACUGCAGUGACAUUAGUGCAGAUGAAAUCACUGCUCCUUUCUUUGCUGGCACCACAAACUGUACAAAAGACUUCAUGGAAGUUGCUUUCCCAGCCCUCAUCCCAAGCUUCAGUGAUGAAGAUAUGCUUCCAGCAGCUUUGAUGACCUGGACUCUGUCAGUUGAGGAUGGAACAAGAGCACAUCAGCUGAGCCUUGGGCAAGCCAUGCAGCAAGGCUAUAACCUUUUUGCUGAUGGUCGCAACCUGAUCUUUCGGGUGGCCUUUACUGCCACUGGAGUUGUCUCCUACAAGCACGAUGAUAAGGUCCUCUACACUCUGGCACUUAAGCUAAUGUAUGGCCCUCCUGAAGGCAGACUGACUGUGGAGUCAAGGAUGCUUUGUGCACCAGGUCCAGCAAUCUGUAAUGCAACACACAUGGUGGUUGUCAUCCCAGCCUUCCCAGGCACUCUUGUGGCUGUGGGUGUAGAGAAUAAGACCAUCCCCAUGGAUGAGCUCCAGGAAAAUGGGAUUGCUCUGGAUGGAAAGAAGGGAGUCAAGCUGCUUAUUAGCAGGGGAGUCCUGAAGUCCAGGGUGCCUGGGGGGAGCUGCUCAGGACUUCAGCCCUACAUGUCCUCCUUGAAGCUGACUUUUCAAUUCCAUGGGGAGACUGUGGCUAUGGCAAUACACCCAGAGUGCCCCUGUGAGCAGCAUGCACCAGUAGCUGCUGUGUGCACCCAGGAUGGGUACAUGGACUUUGAAGUCCUUGCAGACAGUACCACUCCAGUGCUGGACUUGGAUACACUUAGGCUCAGAGAUCCCACAUGCCGGCCAGCCUUCAAAUCCCCUCUGAAUGACAGGGUUUGGUUUCACAUCCCACUGAAUGCCUGUGGCACCAGGCACUGGUUGGAUGGGGAGAAGAUUGUUUAUGAGAAUGAGGUGACAGCAGUACAGGCAGACCUCCCCCUGCGUGUGAUUUCAAGGGACAGUGAACUCAGGCUAACAGUCCUGUGCUCCUUCAGCAAUGGUGAUGCCUCCCUCACUAUAAGGGUAGACAACCUUCCUUCUCUGGCAUCUGCAGUGAACCAAGGUCCUCUCUCCCUAAUUCUUCUAAGCUACCCAGAGAGCUCCUACAGGCAGCCGUACCGCGAUGACCAGUACCCCAUUGUGAGGUACCUCCGGCAGCCUAUCUUCCUGGAGGUGCAGGUCCUGAACCGCAACGACCCCAACCUGCACCUGGUGCUGGAUGAUUGCUGGGCAACAGCUUCACACGAUCCAAACUCUCUUCCCCAGUGGAACAUUGUUGUUGAUGGGUGUGAGUACGAGCUGGACAGCUAUCGGACUGUGUUUCAUCCCGUGGGGCACGGUGUCAGCUAUGCUAACUAUCGCCAAAGGCUGGAAGUGAAGACUUUUGCCUUUGUCUCUGGUGGCAAAACCCUACCUGGCCUAGUGUACUUCCACUGCAGUGUUCUGCUCUGCGAUCGCUUCCAACCAGACUCCCCUCUGUGUGUUGCAAGAUGCCCAAGACCAUCUAGAAGCAAACGAGGGAGUGGGAUGCCAGACGUGAACUCUGCAGUGGUGAGCUUACAGGGUCCUGUUCUCCUUGUGCCAGAAGGAUGGUCUGCAACCCCAGGGAGCACUUGGAGUAAGAAGGCAUGGGCUGGCAUUAUGAUGACUGCUGUUGGCAUUCUCUCUCUGGUGGCCACAGUGCUACUCCUUUUGUCUUGUCUUAAAUGUCUAAAGAGAGCAUCCAUGGUAAACAUAGUAUGUUAGUGUUUUAUACCAAUAAACUUGGAGAAGUGUGACUGCAAAA